CGACCUGACGCACUCUUGUACCAGAGCGCAGCUGUCACCGUUACUUCAUGCUCAUUGGCCCAAGACCGAGAGAAGCAGGCAGAGCAAAGGCAAACAAGAGUGAGAGAGAAAGAGCUGGACCCCUGCGCUCUGCUCCAUCGAUCUGCAGAAGUGCCUAUUUCGGACCACAGAUUUCCGAGCUUUGGGUCUUUGGGAAUACUAAAGGUGGAUUAGCCGUUUGGAACAUGCAACUGGAAAAUUUGGUAGUGGUUGUAUUUUGCCUGUGGGGUACAGAUGUCAGCAGAGCUUACGUGUUUCAAGCGAGCCGGCCUUUAGAGGGAGGAGACAGCGCACCACCUCAGACUAAAGUUGACUCAGCGUGGGUCAGCACAGCAGGCACCUGUAAGGGGAGGUGCUUUGAGCUGGAGGUGGCCGAUCCUCCGGGAUGCAGAUGUGACAAUCUGUGUAAAACCUACUACAGCUGCUGCUCUGACUUUGAUGAGCACUGUCUGAAAACAGGCGGAGGUUUCGAGUGCACGCAGGAUCGCUGUGGGGAGGAGAGGAAUCACAACCAUGCCUGCCACUGCUCAGAGGACUGUUUGGAGAAAGGAGACUGCUGCUCCAACUACAAGUCCCUCUGCAAAGGUGAGACUUCAUGGCUACAUGAAGACUGUGAAGAGAUCAAGACUGCUGAAUGCCCUGCAGGUUUCAUCCGUCCUCCUCUCAUCAUGCUAUCUGUCGAUGGGUUCAGAGCCUCCUACCUGAAGAAGAGCAAAUCUGUCAUUCCCAACCUUCACAAACUCAGAACUUGUGGUACAUCAGCACCAUACAUGCGACCAGUAUACCCAUCAAAGACCUUUCCAAAUUUAUACACCUUAGCCACAGGUCUUUACCCAGAGUCUCAUGGGAUUGUGGGAAACACCAUGCAUGACCCGUUUUUCAAUGCCACCUUCAGCUUACGGACAAGAGAGAAACUGAAUCACCGCUGGUGGGGUGGACAGCCGAUCUGGAUCACAGCGGAGAAACAAGGAGUGAAAGCAGCUUCUUUCUUCUGGCCUUGGGUGAUUCCUCUUGAAAGGAGGAUUUUGACCAUCCUGCGUUGGCUGCAUCUGCCUGAUGAAGAAAGGCCUUAUGUUUAUGCUGUCCACUCAGAGCAGCCCGACACCUUCGGGCAUCGCCUGGGACCAUUUAGCAAUGAGUUGGACAACCCGCUGAGGGAGAUUGAUAACAUCAUUGGACAGCUGAUGAAUGGCCUGAAGCAGAUGAACCUGCACCGAUGUGUCAAUGUCAUUAUUGUAGGAGACCAUGGUAUGGAAGAGGCCCACUGUGACAGGACAGAGUUUCUUAGCAGCUAUCCUCUCAACAUAGACGAGAUCUUACUGAUUCCUGGCUCACUGGGCAGAAUACGUCCACGCGACCCAAAAUCCACAACAUAUGACCCAAAAGUUGUGGUUGCAAACCUCACUUGUAAAAUGCCAACUCAGCACUUCAAGCCAUACCUAAAGCAGCAUUUACCAAAGAGACUUCACUAUGCCAACAACCACAGGAUCGAAGAUGUCCAUCUGCUGAUGGAGAGGAAGUGGCACAUUGCCAGAAAAAUGCCAGAAAAACUGAGGACUCGAUGUGGUUUCUUUGGUGACCAUGGCUUUGACAACAAACUAACCAGCAUGAGGACUAUCUUCAUGGGCCAUGGGCCAAGCUUCAAAUUUCAUAAAAGUGUGCCAGAAUUUGAGAAUAUAGAGUUAUACAACAUCAUGUGUGACUUGUUGGGGUUAAAGCCAGCACCAAACAAUGGGACAUACGGCAGCUUGAAUGACAUGCUGAAAGACCCACCGUUCCAUCCCACCAUGCCGGAGGAAGUCAUGCCUCCAUCACCUGCAUCCGACGACACAGUAACCCACGAUCUGGGCUGCAGCUGUGAUAAUGAGAAUGAAGUGGAGGAGAUCAUUGAAGAUUUUAAUCCUGUACCUGAUGGAGUCUACAAUUACAACAGCACACAUCUACCAUUUGGUCGACCAGCAGUGAUGUUUGAAACUCAGUACAAUCUUCUUCAUCAUGUGGAUUUCAUCAGUGGAUACAGCAAAGAGCUGGCUAUGCCACUAUGGACAGCAUACACACUGCCUCGACAGGAGGACACAACUCCUGCCCCAGAUUUUUCCCCCAGUGUUAAAUGCAUCCGAGUUGACCCCAGAGUUCCAGCAGAUCACAGUCAGAGCUGCACCACCUACAACCAAAACAGCCACCUCACCUACGGCUUCCUCUUCCCUCCAGAGCUGGCAACCUCUCCAGAGUCCAGAUAUAAUGCUUCUCUCAUCACCAACACCGUUCCCAUGUACCCCGCCUUCAAAAGAAUAUGGAGUUACCUGCAAGGGACGCUGCUGAGGCGUUAUGCAGAGGAAAAUAAUGGUAUCAGUGUUCUUGUGGGACCUAUCUUUGACCACAACUACGACGGCCUUCGAGACACCACAGAAAAGAUUAAGGAGUUCACAGUCGAUGGCCCUCCUGUACCCACCCACUUCUACACCAUUUUGACGAGCUGCCAGGAGCUGAACCAGACGGUGGAGGACUGUGAUGGAGAGCUCGGGGUCUUUUCCUUCGUUCUUCCAAACAAGCCAGACAACAGUGAAGCCUGCAAUAAUGCAGAGGAUGAGUCACAGUGGGUUGAAGACCUGCUGAAGCUCCACACAGCCAGAGUUCGAGAUGUGGAGAUUCUGACAGGCCUGGACCUUUACAGAUCCACCAACCUCACCUAUGUCAGCACCCUAAGACUCAAAACCUACCUGCACACCUUUGAGAGUGACGACUAGAUGAACAAGGACAAACAAAUACACAGGAUGUUGCCAUUUGUCAAAGACCUUUUUUUUUUUUUACUGCAUGCUUGCUGGACAGACGGUUCAUAGCUGUUCCACUUCCUAGCAACUUCCCAAGACUUUGAAAGGGAAAUACAUUUUUGAAAAUUAAAAUAAUAAAGAAAACAAGUUUCAACAAAACCUUGAAAUAUUUAACAUACAGCAGUGGUUGCCAACACCGGUCCUCAAGAUCUACAGUCUUGCAGGUUUUAGAGUCUCCCUACUGCAACACACCUGACUCAUAUCAAUGUCUUCUUAGCAGAGUGUCGCAGAAGUUGACAAUAAGUUGUGAAGAACCUUUUUAUUUGAAUCAGGUUUGUUGUACCAGGAAAACACCAAAACCUGCAGAAUGGUAGAUCUCAAGGACCAGAGCUGGUAACCACUGACCUAGAGCAAUAAUGAUGCAGAGGGGGAAACUUACUGUUGCUACACACCUAUAAAUAAAGCUGCAUUCACCAGCGUAGAGACUGUGUCUGUGUUUCAGCUCUGUAAGUAUUACUGAACUAUACAUAAUAUUAGUGCUGACCAUCAAAUAUAUGAAGUCAAAUUUAAUAAUAAAAUUAAAUGUGUUAUUUAGCUUUGAAAAUAAUGUACAGUUGCAUGUGAGCAAAUGUAUUAAAAUUAUGUUUAAAAGUAUUAGAAAAUUAUUUUAAAAAUAUAAAAUUCUGAAUUAGAGUAUUGUUUGUAGUCAACAGGCUAAAAAUUUACUAAAUUAAUAGAGAAAUAUACUUGAGUAUAAUGUCAAAUAAGAAACUGGAGCCAAUAGACUGUAAGCUUAGCAAAGAUAUAGGUAUCAUUAAGUGUCAAGGUAAUAUGUUAAUAAAAGCCAAUAGGAAAGAGAUGGUUGGUUCAUUAUAACAGAAAUACUGGUAACAUAGACAGACAGCUACCUUUUGUUUUUACCAAGAAAAUCAAACUAUCUUUAGAAUCGGCACAGCUCAGCUAACUGCACCUUGGGUUUUAAGUCUUAUGGCUGUGUUCAAAUUUGCGACCCUUUUACUGUCUGUUAUGUAGAGACUCUGCCGGUUUGUAGUGCUGUGCAAAAUUUAAAAUGUUUCAUUAACAAUGUAGUGCAAUACAAACCUGUCGCAUGCACAGAAAGUAGUGUACAGAAGCUUGAACAGUACAUCUGUAAACAUGGGUGUGCAAUGUAACCUAUCAUCGAAGGAGCAGACAAACUGUGCUAAUUAAGCUAAGUAGUGUUAGCACUAGCUACUGCUGACAUUUUUAGCUUGUUAUUAAGAUUUUGUAUUUGGAAUGUUUGAUCGGCAAAUGAUACUCCUUAGACAUCUCAACAAAGAUGCUUUUUUUCCUGCCUGGUACACACAUAAGGUUUUUUUUUAGCUGACAAGAUUGUUUAUCUGUUCAGUCUCACACAUAUAUAGUUAAAAAAUCAGGCAUAUAACAGUUUUGAUCACACUGUGUGCGGAGUGGUCCAAUAAUUUAAUCACAGAGCAAGACACACAUAACGAUGCUGUCCUGCAACCAAUCUGGAAUAUAGUCCUCCUUGCCGGAAAUCUCACGUGACUAAACAUGAUCUAACAAAAACGUAGAAGAAGAACCAUAGCAACAACCGGAAAAAAAAUGAAGAAGAAGAAACAUAGCAGUACUCAGCAUGGAAGAGGAUAUACAAAACAAGGGAAUGAUGGUGGUCAGAACUGAAAAAAAUAACAGACUGGAGACAAUGUGAACACAGACUUCUUAUCCACGUCACAAUUCACAGAGUCACAAUUCAGGAGUCAUUGGCUUUCCUCACACGCGUAAGAGUUUUGGUCAUAAAUAUUGAACAUGUUUAAUGUUUUCGAUUGUUUGCCACAACCUGUUUCAAAGACGAUUAUCAGGAUGAAUCUGCUCUUAACACAUCAGAUGAAAUGAUAAUUUUUAUAGGAACAUCUUAUAAGACUCAAGAUAAUCGGCCAUCCUUGGUGGGAAAGGGGUAAAAAUGGGACAAAAACAGCCCAAUAAUCUCUGUGUGUGCCAGGCUUUAGUCACGUAAUUUUUAAAGUUAUUAGCAAAAUAUGUUGCGUAGACAUUUGAGUUAAGUUUAAAUGUAGCUCUGCAAGUACAUAAUUAAUUCAAAUUGUGUCCAACAUGCAUCAGCAGCUGGAUGCCCUGACACGCCAGGCUGCCGUCCCGUAGGUUUUAGAUGUUUCCCUGGUGUAUAUACCUAAUUCAAAUGAACUGGAUCUCAACUUGUUGCUAUUUUUUAACCCAGCUUGUUAAUGACCCAUUUGAUAUAGGUGUUUUGAAACAGGAAACACCUAAAACCUGCAGGGAAGUGGCCCUAGAAAUGGGCAUCCCUGCAAGUCUUCCUUAAAAUGAAUACUACAUUGUGAAUUGGACAAAGGACAAACCAAUAUAGUCUUUGUGUUAUCCUAUCCCAACAAGCUCUUGUCUUUAUAUUCAUAUUCAACACAGAUGACAUCAAAAUCUCAAUUAAACCUGUAAAUAUAGUUUCCAAAAUAUCAAUCUACUAUUUGCUAUAUAUAUAUAUAUUAUUUUUUACAGUAUAUUCUAAAAUAAGAGAAUCAAAUUUGUGGCAACAAAGCCUGAAAUUUAACUAAAUGUAAUACAGUCUGAACAUAGCCAUAGGCAUUCACAAAGUGCAACAGUUUUCACAUGUACCUAAAUCUCUUUCCCUAGUUUUAUCACAGAAAAUUCUUAGUUUAUAUUUUUAUACAAUUUCUCAUAUUUAUUAUAUAGCUUCUUAAUAAUAUCAUCUAGUGUCAUAGUAUUGAUUUAGAAAUAAAGAAAAUACUAAUGUAGAGCCUUUACAUUUGCUCCUUUUUUAAAGAAAAUAACCCUGAUGAUUCAUGUUCAUUAAGCCUCAGUGUUUUUCCUUGCAAAGUCUUUCCUUGUGCAUGUCAAAAGCAGUAUGUUUGCAGCUUUAUCCGAUCCAACUAAAGAAAAUUAGAAACUGUGGUGAGUUUGCUUUUUGCAAUGAAUAGUGCAUACAUCAUGUGCAAGCUGGUCAAUUGCAAGUUACCACAUUACAUAAAUGGGAGAUAUUUCAUAUUAGUAGAAUUCAUUUUAUCGUGCAUCUGCAUUGUCCUGCAGAAUCAAUCAUGUUUUCAGCAAAAUGACAAAUGAUAAAAACAGUUUAUUCUAAUUCAGUUUAGUUCAGUAUCCUAAACAACACUGGUGUCUUUUUGUGUUUGUCACUACUGCCUUUUCCAAUAAAACUCAAUGCAUUCACACUCAA